ACCACCGUCUGAUUAGUUAUUUUUAACAAUGAAAGUGAUGUAAUGAUCUAAAUAUUUUUGGACAUGUUAAUUAAUGAUCAAUCAUCACUGAUCAUGAACUUUUCCAUUCAUAAUAAGAUAAUUGUAGACAUACUAUUUUAGAUUCAAUUUUUAAUGCUAAUAUUUUCCCUCAUUAAAAAACGAAAAUGUCCUUGAUUCUAUUAUUUAUGUGAAUGUAUUUUAUAAUCAUAUACAGAGUGUGACCCUUACGAAUGCUAAAGAGUUCAAUUUUGCAACGUCGUACAUAAAACUUGGGAAGCUUUUUUGUAUUGUUUUGGUUUGUGUUAAUCAUGGAAUAUUGUGGACUUAUGUUAGGAUAUGAUUAACAUGAAAAUAAACCGAUUGGAUAGCUUGCAAUAAGUAACUUCAAUAAAUUUACAUGUACUAAAUAAUUGGAUUGACGAAUAGUUGUCAUUAAUGAUUCCAUUAGAGAAGAUUCUAUCAUUACAAAUCUUCUUGAAUUUUUUCGGGUAUGGAUCAAGAUUAUGGUAAACAAAUGUUUAAGCUGCGUGGAGCGUCGAUCAAGCAACGGUUAUAGACCGUCCGAUGCAACACUUUUGACAAAAUCAAACCAACAAAUGGUUUUUAGAAUAUUGUAUUUUUUUGAUAUUAAUUAUACCAAUAAAAAUAGCAUUACAAGCCGGCAAGUAGGUCCCACAAUAAUCUUUCCUAUGUGUUUGGCCGUCGUGUUCUUUCCUAUUUAAACUCUUAUUCACACUCCAGACUCAAUAGAUACAGUGUAAGAGAAGAUACAUAGAGAGACUUGAAUACACAAACUCUCUUCUCCGAUCCAAAGGUUAUAAGCAAAGAUGGACGUUUUUGAUGGACUUCCAGAUCCUAUCGUCGUCUAUAUCUUGGACAAAGUCGGCGACGUCAAAACCUUGCUUCGUUGCAGUUCCCUCUCUAAGCGAUUCAACUCGCUCGUCCCUCAGUCCGAGUCACUCAUCCUCCGUCUCGACCAAGUCGUUACCACCGAGUCACCACCCGAUUCUCCCGUCAGCAACUUCUUUAAAUCUGUAUGCAAACCCUUUCACGGUUUGUUUUCUCUGUUUUCUAAACCGGCUAAACCAAUCCCAACCACAAAUCUUUCUCCGGUUAUCCCUUCCAAGCUUCUCUCCCGGUUUGACCGGAUCAAGAAUCUUGACGUGGAGCUUCUCGGCGGCGAUGCAAAGCCGGAGAAAGGCGCCGGAAUUAAAUGGAAAGCAGAUUUUGGUAAAACUCUCAAAACAUGCGUCGUUGUAGCGUUUCGCUCCGCCUCCACCGUGUCUUCCUCCGACGGUGAGUCAGACGCCGAGUUCGUGACUGGUCUGAAAACGCGCGUGGAGUGGACGAUAAAGGCGUUGAUGGCCGCGUCGACACGUCAUCACCUGAUGAGCCAAGUCGUGAAGGAGCACAAGGAGAUGGAGAGCUUAGUGAUGCAUGAAAGAGGAGGAGAAGGGACGGUGGUGAUGAAAUCCGAGGGGCUGAGAGAGUUUCGAAAGACGGAGGUCGCGCGUGAUCAAGAACUCGAGGAGCGCGUGGAGAAAAAACAGAGGAGUGUGGUCCCGAGCGUGAGGAUGAGCAUGAGACACGCGCCGUCGCUUAAGCUAAAGAGUGGUAUAUGUUUAGAAUCCGCGACGCUCGUGAUUGUAAGGCCGAGCGAGGAAUAUUCCGACGUCGGGGAUGAUAAGCUGGCGACGGAGGCUUUCGCUGGGAGUUGUAUGUACGGUGAAGCGGUCGCGGCUUUGUUAAAGCGUAAUAAGAACACCUUAGAUAUGAAUUCGUUUUGAUGGGGCUUGUAAUAACGGGCCUUGUAAGAGAUUGUUUUCUUUCUUGAACGUGUGCAGUGUGCGCAUGUUUAAAUAUUAUACUGUACAAAGUUGGUUUCAACGUUCUCGACUUAUUAUCAUACCAUUUUGGUCAA